CAAGAUGGCUCAGCUCCGGAAGAGGAAAAUUCUAAAGAAUUAGAUUCAUGACCAGGGGAUUGGCAUUCAUCUGGAGUUUUCACCCAUCAGCCUAUUUCGUAGUAAUCGAGUCAUGAAAGGAAAAUGUGCCUAAAUCCUGAGCAAUUUUGUCUCGAUCGUGGGGCUAAUGUAGUUAUUUCUGGAAGACGCAAUCAUCGCAAACCUGCCGCUGCGGUCGUCGAACUCGAUGGAGCAUUUGAAAGUGCAUCUGUUCGCUUGGUAUUCCUUGACUUUCAACGCAGACCUUUCUCGAGCGGUGGUAUUUGACACUAUAUUUGGACCAGUGUUCUGCCUCUUUGAUUUUUUCGUUCGGAUUCUAGGGCCGGCAUUCCUUUUAGGCGUGAUUGGUCUGACUACAUCCGUGGUGGUGAUUUAUUACGCAUACUUGUUGCCUGUUAUCCGAGAGUACAGCACACCCUGGGUUGCCUUCCAUUUAAUAACAGCUCACUGGCUUUUGAUCAACAUUGUUUUUCAUUAUUUCAAAGUUGCUUUCACAUCUCCAGGACUAGCUCCUCAGGAAACCAAUGUAGAAGAUCUGAAAAGUGGGAAAUACACCUUAUGUAAAAAAUGCAUUCGAAUAAAACCACCAAGAUCACACCACUGCUCAAUUUGUAAAAGGUGUGUUUUGAAAAUGGAUCACCAUUGCCCCUGGAUUAAUAAUUGUGUUGGCCAUUUCAAUCACAGAUAUUUCAUAUCAUUCUGCUUUUUUAUGUGUCUUGGGACAAUUUAUGUCACAGUUACUUCCAGAAAUCUUUUCAUCAAACACUUUUUCCAUGACUUGAAUUACAGGCUUGUUUCAAGUUUUAAUGUCUCCAAUGGGAAAAAUGCCACUCUCUUGAUGUCAAAACUCAUUUUAGAUAAGUUACAUCUCAAAAAUUUGAACCAUAAAGAAGAUGGUGCUUCAGAGUCCGAACACAAUAGCAUUCUGUAUGUUUUUAUACUUUGCUCUGCUGUUACGCUGGCGCUAGGAGCACUGACUGGAUGGCAUUGUAAUCUUAUCGGCCGCGGGGAGACAUCUAUUGAAUGGCAUUCUAAUAAAGAAGAAGCUAGAAUUUACAGGAAACAAGGCUUGGUUUUCAGGAAUCCUUAUGACUUUGGUGUUUGGAAUAACUGGAGAAUUCUUCUUGGACUUGUUGAACGAAGGUCAUGGCUCAGGGUUCUUCUACCUUCAGUACAUCCCCCUUAUGGCGAUGGACUGAAGUGGCCUCCCCCACCUGAGAGUGCAGCGAGGAAUAAGGAAAGGAAAUUACAUAUUGUGUGAGGAUGUGGGGCAGUGAGGAAGUGCAAAUCCCUGUUCUCUCAUUAAUUUCGAUAUUCUGCAGAGAGACCUGCAGUAGCAUUAAAUACAAUACUUCUGGUAGCUUUUAAAUGAUAGGUCGGUCAAUAACAAGUGAAUUACAAAUUCACACAACACUCAAAAGUAAUUCAGGAACAACUUACGUCCUACAGGAGACAAUUAAAAAUGACAGGUAGAACUCUGCAUUAGGGAUAAAAUAUUAAAAUUAAUUUAGUGCUUACUGCAAGCUUUUAAGUGCUUUAAAAGGUGAAAGAGAGAGAAACAAAUAUAUUAAAUAAACAUAGAGUGCUUGAAAAUCCCAACUGGCAGAAGGCAGACCAGUUGACAACUUACACAGUACAGCCGAGGAAUUGGACUCAGGGUGACUGAGAACAAAGCCAAUAUUGAGCAGAGUGCAAGACUUGAACUUGAGACCAUCAGAUUUACAAGUCCAGCUCCCUAACCACUCGGCCACACUAUCUUGUAAAAGGUAGAUGUAGACAUUCGCAAAUUAACAAAUAGAUUCCUUGUUGCUGUGCAUCUCAGUGAGUUUUCAGUAAUGUAUCACAGAUGAUGUCAAAUGUGGUAAAAAAGUAAAAUGUUGUUAAUAGUGACAUUAUGUAUGCAUCUAUCAUCUAAUAGAUCAUAAAUAAGAACCAAUGAAAAUGCAUGUACAAUUCAGCUUCUUUUAUAAUGACCUAUUUUUCACUUAGAAUAUCACCUCUUAUAAAAACAUAAAUUAAUGAAUCAUAAAAAUAUUUUAAGCGUCAGUGGUCUGCUCAAUUUGACUGUUGAAGUCUAUUGUACCCAGGCAUCAGUCAGAGA